AUGAAAUCGGCAACAGGCUUGCUGGUCAUUCUCCUGAUCGCCUUCGCGCUCCAGCUGGUGGCCGUACUGUCGGUACCCGUCACCAAAACCAUCUCGCUGGGCUCGUACCAAGACCACAAGUUUGGAGUAUUUGGAUACUGCAACGUCAAGGAUGGAACCUGCUCGCCGGCAGGAGUAGGAUACAACCUCGUGGACUCCGACAACGCAGGCUUCUCGCUGCCCUCCAACGCACGACACACCCUGAGUAACCUGCUCAUCGUCCAUCCCAUCGCCACCGGGUUCACCCUGAUCCUCACAGUGCUGGCUAUGCUGGCUCACAUCCAGGGACCGGCCUCGUCCUCAAGAUACCUGCUCUUCUGCCUGGUAUUUUCGCUGCCCACAUUCUUACUGGUUCUGCUGUCCUUCCUGGUGGAUAUUCUACUGUUUGUGCCCCACCUCGACUGGGGAGGAUGGAUCGUGCUGGCCGCCACCAUUCUCGUGGCUAUUUCUGGAGUGGUACUCUGUGUUAUGCGACGAACACUCUCCUCCAAGAAGGCCAUGAAGAAACACCAGCUGGAUACCACCAACGAGCUGUCGGCCUUCUCGUCACACAAACACCUCAACUCGUUUACCUAUUCGUCCAAGGAAAAUGUUCCUCAGUUCAGCGAGCUGCGAUACGAGACCUCCCACGACACCUCCAAGGACGAGGAAGUUCUGCCUCUUACCUCCCAUGUCUACGAGGAGCCUGGCCAUCACGUUGGAGAUACGUCUUACGCUUCUCAGGGCACUAACAACUCUCGAGUCAACCUCCUCACAUCGGAGGAGCCCCAGGCACCCAAACGAGAGUCGCCCUUUAAAGAUCAGAGACAGGACAGAUACACCCCUGACCGAUACGGUCCCAGCCCCGACAGAUACGACCAGGGUGGACCCGGCCGACCUCCAAACGGAAGUCGAGGUGUGCCUCCCAGACGUCCUUCUAACGGACCCACUCCUCCUGGUCAGGGUCCUUCCCCCACCGGAGCUUAUGGCCGAAACAACAAUCCCAAUUACAACGGUGGUUAUAACAACAGACUUCCUCGACCCCGGGGACCUCCUGGCUCUAACAACUCCAGUCCCUUUCUGGGAGCUAGAAACGGCCCUGGCCUCACACCUCCCCACAAUUUGCAAACUGCGACCACAGGCCCCAUGCAGCUUCCUGCAGGCACUUACCUGCCUGGUGAAGAGCCUGCCAACUCUCCUGACACAUAUGGUCCUGGUGUGAUACCAAUUCCGGAAAUCAGACGUGAGAGCAAGGUGCCUGGUGCUUCUCCCACUCCUCCUCCCGUGUCCGGCAACUCUCCCCCCACUGAGACUUCCGAGAGCGGUGUGUCUAGACCCUACAGAGGAAACUACAGCCGGCGAGGUAGUGAGGCGAGUGCACAGACUCCUCCUAACGCUCAGCCGAACCCUCCCCCCGGAGGCGCUCAGAACUACGAGUAUGUUCCUGCUCGACAGCAGUGGAACCUCACCACUGAGGAAAGCAACGCUACUGCGCCUGCUCCCGGACCCCAACCUCUUCAGCGAAACCACUCUUACGACACAUACAAUCCCUACAGAAGUGAGACACCUUCUGCACCUGGAUCUCGAGCCCAGUCUCAAGGUACCGACGAUAACCUUGGCACUUUGCAUCAGCCUGUUCCUACCACCGUGACUCCCUCCAACUCUGGAGCUCUCAACAACAAGGACUCUCCUUGGUACUCUCCUCCCGUGGACGAGCAGUUCCGAAACUCUUUCAUUCCUGACGCUCCAGUAUCGCCCUCCGAGUCCAUCUCGUCCAAUUUCACAUCAGUGUCCCAGCGGGGUAUCAACCCCCGAUACUUCGGGGCUGAUGGACCUCCAGGAGGCCUCCACCAAGGAGCUCCUCCUCCUCCUCAUAUGCGAGGACCCCCACCUCAUAUGGGAAUGGGUGGUCCCAACAUGGGUGGCCACAACAUGGGUGGCCACAACAUGGGUGGUCCUCCUCCCAAUAUGGGUCCUCGACCUCCUUAUGGUGGCGGGGGACCUGGUCAUGGCAAUAAGCACGAUCUCUUGCUUUCGGGCAACCCCGACUCCCAGUUCCAGCCUCAAACUCGGCGAAAACCUGGUCGCGGCGGUCGACCCGGCAUGUCUCCUGCUAGCUUAAUGGGCCGAGAUACCGGACCAUACAGCAUGAGAUGA